CUGCACACACACGUUGAGAGAUGUCGGGGGAGGGAGCCGGAGGCAUGGCGAGAUGGAAGGGAAGAGUAGCUCUCGUGACCGGAGCCUCAGUUGGCAUCGGCCAUGAGACUGCCAGACAGUUGGCCGUGUCCGGCAUGACAGUGGUGGGCUGUGCAAGAAACACUGCUAAAAUAGAGGCUCUCUCCUCCGAACUGACUGCCAGUGGAGGUGGGAAGGUGGUAGCAGUAAAGUGUGACGUCAGGAACGAAGAAGAGGUGGUGGCAAUGUUUGAGAAGGCAGUGAAGGAGUUUGGUGGAGUUGAUGUGCUGGUGAGCAAUGCUGGACUGGCUCACAAUGAGCCACUGCUCACUGGGAACACUAGUCAAUGGAGAGAGAUGAUAGAAGUUAAUGUGCUAGGUCUGUGUGUCUGCAACAGAGAGUAUAUCAAGCAGGCGAGAGAGAGGGGAAUGGACGAUGGUCACAUAAUCUUACUCAACAGCAUGUCAGGUCAUCGUGUCAUCAGCAGUAAAGCCACUAGUUUCUACUCUGCUACGAAACACGCUGUCACAGCUCUCACCGAAGGCCUUCGUCAAGAACUGAGGGAAAUAAAGUCUGGAAUUAGAGUCACAGGCAUAUCUCCAGGUCUUGUGCGAACUGAGUUUGGGCCGCGGCUGGAAAAGGCUGCAGAUGUGGAUCAGGCAAAGAAAGACUACGACAAGAAAGUCAAUGGACCAUUGGAGGCAGAGGAUAUUGCCAGUGCCAUUCUGUACGCCAUCUCCUGCCCUCCCAGAAUGCAGAUUCACGAUAUUCUCGUGCGACCGACUCACCAGGUCGCCUAGAGAUCUGGACACGAGACUAGGUCGCCUGAUAAGCACUUGUUUUUUCUUGGCUCAGCACACCGAAUACGCAUGCGCGAGCUGCGCGCUGCUGCACAUGCGCACAAGUGUUUUUGCGGCGCGAGCUAUAUAGCUAGCUACACCGUACGCGCGUACGUCGCGUCGCAGUGGAUUUCGCAGCUACUCGUCGUCCCUGGUCGCCCGGAAGAGAAGAGCACAGGCAGUGACGUUUAUCGGCUGUUUUUUACUCAUCGGAGAAGGCGUAAGCACGCUAUACCAUAACCCACGAAGACUGUGAGCUGAGAGUAGUGCUGCUCUAUUGUGGAGAGGAGACUCAUUUGUGCCAUAGUAGCUGCCAUGAAUGGACAGGUUCCUACUGCUGUGGACUGGCUGAAGGAAGUCCCUAAACAAAUAGACUUGAACAGUCAGACUGAGUUCAGCAUAUGUUUGCCCGAUCCCCCAUCUUCCUUGCUGGUGACUGUUGAACUGAGAUCACUAGUAGACGGCUCUGUAGCUGAGUGUAAGGUGACAGAAGCUGAAGGGAAAUAUACAGUCUCGAUUCUCCCCACCUGUCGUGGCCGACACGAAUUGACAAUCAGUGCAGGGGGUACCCCAUUGGAGGGAACCCCAUUGAAAAUCCUGGUCUGUUGCCCCCCACAGAUGCUGGGGAGACCAGUGAAUAUCAUAAAUGGAGUGAGCCGGCCAGCGGGUGUGGCACUGCGAGGGAACGGCGAGCUUGUCGUCACGGAGACCGAACCUGCUGCCGUGUGCAUCCGGGACCGGGAAGGAAAGGUGAUAAAGUCGUUAGAGCAGGGGUCGCCCCAACUGGACAGUCCAUACGGAGUUGCCAUCGAUUCGGAGGGGUGCAUAUACGUGGCCGAGUUGAUUGACUGCAAAGUCCACAAGUUUUCGAGAGACGGAGAGUUCCUCAAGGCAGUUGGUGGAGAAUGCAGCGGCAAAGAAGAUGUAGGUUUCCCUGCUGGGAUCAAGAUCAACCGCCAAGACCAUAUCUACAUCUGUGACGACACAAACAAAAAAGUGCAUGUUUUCGACAAGAACCUAGACAAACUGUUUAGUUUUGGGGAGAGUGGGGAGGCCCCAGGUCAUUUUCAGGGCCCGUCUGACGUGGCGUUUGACGCAGACGGAAACAUCUUUGUCGCCGACACGAAGAAAGAGAAGAUAAUGAAGUUCUCUGCUCGUGGAGAGUUCUCUUCCGAGUUCGAAAUCAAAGGUCAAAGUUCGGAGCUAGAGCUGGGAAUCUGUGUUGGACCGAGUGGACACUUGUUUGUCUCAGACUUCUGGAAUAAUCAGGUGGUGGUGUUCGAUGCAAGUGGGCAGUUUGUGACGUUGUUUGGGAGGAAGGGGGCGGAGCCAGGGGAGUUUGACACGCCUGCGGGGAUAACUGUGGACGACGAUGGAUUUGUGUACGUGUGCGACCAGCUCAACAGUCGAAUACAAGUCUUUUAGAAACUCAUACAGAGUAGUCAAAACUGAAGUGCUUUCGUGAUCAGCUCCAACAGAAGUUAAUAUGUGUGGUCAUGACUCACAAUCAAAACAUCCACAGCCCAUGUACAACACUAUACGUCAGAUUCUAAAGUAAACCACAUGUUGAUGUUGAUGUUGAUGCAAGUGCUAGUGGUGUGGCUAGUGGUGUGCAUGACAACCGAGCUAGUGGUGUGCAUGGGUCUAUACAAUAAUAUGGUUUAUAGACCCUAUAAUACAACACUGUGACAUCAUAGAUUUUGUUGGUCUAAAAGUAGCAACCAAUUAUAAUACUUGAUGUAUGUACAAGUGUACAUUGGGCUAGUGGUGUCUGUGUAUGGGUCUGCACAACUGUAUUGUAGUACAUAUAUUAUAGAUCUGGCAAUGUAGCUGGCUGUGCUUUCUGCCACCUCGAUGAUGGUGUUAUUGCAGUAUUUGUGUGACGACCCCGUGGCCGAUGGUUUUCCCUCCAUCUCUGAGCGUGAACCUCUGACCUGUCUCCAGAGGAAUGUCGUGUUUCAGAACGAGUGUUAGCUCCGUGU